AUGGAUCUCCGCAACAUGUUAAACGAGGGCCCGCCGCCCCAAUCACCUCGGAAUCCUCCUCCGCCCCCUCCGCUAGCGCAGCAGCCGCUUCACUACCAUCAACAGCAGCAGCAUCAACAACCUUCUCUUCUUCAUCAUUCUACUAACCAUUCUCAACACCAGCAGCAGCUACAUCACCAACAACAACAGCAGCAGCACCAGCAGCAGCACCAGCAGCAGCACCAGCAGCAGCACCAGCACGUCCAGCAGCAGCAGCAGCACCAACAGCAGCAGCAACAUCAUCAACAACCACAGCAGCAGCAGCAGCAGCCGCACCCACAGAUCCAUCAUCAUCAGCAACAACAACACCAACAACAGCAAAACCAUCGCCCUACCCCUCCUCCACCAAUACAGCCCCCAAGAUCCCCCGCGUUUCAAUCCUCGGCGCAUAGUGGCCCAGGAUACCCCCAUCAGCAGCAACAGCAGCAUCCUCAAUCUCAAUCCCCCUACCACCCGAGCCCACCUCCAAAUUCGAGUCGUCAUUUUUUGUUCCCCCCUCCAUCUCCGCUACAGCAGCAACAUCAUCAACCAAACUACGCACAAUCGCCUAGUACGCCGCAUCCAAUGAGCGCACAUUCAAUUCACAGUCCCACACCUACGAGCUCAAUCUCGAGCAGUUCGCAUAAUCAAUUCCCCCCACCACCACCUCCACCACCCCCACCCCCGCCUUCGCAGGGACAGUCCCAGGUUCAAUACGCGAAUAAGCCGCAGCAGCAACCGCACCUAUUACAUCCCGCUCCAUCCCCACACCAGUAUCAUAGCCAACACCACCAACAGCAGCCGCAGGCUCAACAGGUCCAGCAGCAGCCACAGGGAUACCCCAGGCAGUCACCAAUACAGCAAUCACCUAUGCACUCGCCAAUUGGCCCCACAAGGCCACCAUUGAUACACGCGGGGAGCAGUGGUGCGAAUGAUAGGUCAUCACCUACAAUAUCUACACCUAUAGCACGGAGGGAUCAGGAGCGGGAUCGGGAACGGGAACGAGAACUACUACGUGAGAAAGAGCAACGGGAUCGAGACACACGGGAAAGGGAGGACCGGGAAAGACAACGGGAAAGAGAUCAGCGGGAUCGGGUAGCUAGGGAGCGAGACAUCAGUGUAUCACCCAAAACAAGAGUCCCUACCUAUCUACCCGACGACGAGCCAAUUCCAGAUACGCAAAAGGAGGAGUUCUCGUAUCCUGCUCAGCAGCAGAAAAAUUCCCGCCCGAAUUCCCAGCACGGUGGUAGUCACACUGGAGGCUAUAAUACAAGGCCGAGACGGGGCUCUUCGGCUGCGACGACGCCGAACCACGACCGCCGUAACCACGACGCGAUGGACGUUGACACCCGAGAGGCACCUCCGAGCGUCCCUGCGGUUCCAGAGCGGAAACGGGUUGGUGGUCCCGUUGUGGAUAGAGGGAAACCCAAUGGGUCAGCGGCCGGCGUUGGCAACGGCAGGGAUGGUUCGACUCAACAGCUGGCACCACAGCAACAGCAGCAUCCUUCGCCGUCUCAACAAAACACACAACAACCACCGCCGCCUCCUCCACCCCCCUUAACAACUCCUUCUACAAACAGCAACCCCAGUUCCACGUCGUCACAGCGUACUGCAACCGUUUCUCCAAAUAAUAAAGAUCAGCCCCAUCAGCCACCACCCAUAGCCCGGUCAACUUCCACCCCCACAAAUAUCAGCGCCCGGCCACAUCCCCCACCCUCUCCGAGUCCUAAGCCAAAUCAGCAACUCGGCCCGCCGCCAACUCCAACUACGUCGCACGCAGUGGAGGGCAAUAACAGCAGCCCCGGGUCGGGGGCCCCGCCGCGGAAGCGACCAAGGAAAGAUCAUGAGGCGCCGAUAUGGGCCCGAAAGGCUUCGCGAAGUUCCAGGCCUCCUCCUCCCCAGAGUGCACCCCCGCAACCAAACCAACAGUCAGCACCACCAUACCCCCAGCCGCCCCAGCAUCAGCAGCAGCCGCAACCGCAACCGCAACAGAUGCAACAGCAGGGGCAGCAGCACCAGCAGAGAAUUUCAGCGCCUGCAGGUCCUCCGCGCAUGGUUCCGGUUAUUGGUUCUUGGGAGCCGUCAAUCGGGAAUACGGAGCCGCAUGAAGAAUUAACUAGGUCUAUUGCGGACUUUUUGUGGCGGGAGGUUAUCAUGAGAUAUGAGACGCAGCCUGCUGACGAGGUUAGCGGGACUAUGAUUGAGAUUGAGGCUAAGAUUGGGCAGAUAAUCGAUAGAAACACCAACGCAAGGGUAAACUUACCUGUAUCUACGGAAACAGUCAUGGUUAAUGAUAAUCGUUGUCCGAUUCAAUUCAAGAGCAGCAUGACCGAGCACCAACAUAAACAUGCAAACCGCUGGCUCAACAAGCUCUACGAGGAGAGCAAAACCCCCCCCACCGCUUCAGGCAGCCCUCAACCCCCCGGACCAACCCGGAUACCGAUGGGCUACACGCAUACUCGUGAAAAGGACAUGUUUUACGAGCUCCCUGCUUCGGAGGUUUCAACACUCCCCCGACUGCUGCUGGAACAACUGAACCCACGGCACAAGAUAAAGGUCAGGGUAACAACGGACCAGCGCACCGGGAAGGUCUUGAAUACGAUAAUCAAGGCCCGGAUUGCAGACUGCAACAUAUUCUGCCCACAGUCACGCUUUGAUUGGAGGGUCAGCGUGAAUAUGGAAAUGCCGUGGGAGGGGGAUAUAAAAUCAUUGAAGGAAAUGGGGGAAAGUGAUGGGCCCGUGAGGCUGAAGGAUCGUCUCAGCUAUAAACAUCUGGUGUAUCAGGUUGAUUUGACCCAGGUCACAGGGAACAAACCUUCCAAGGAGCACGAGCUGGAAGUGGAAGUCUCAGGAGAAGAGCUUAGGAAACAUGGGCGGCUUGCAAAUCAUGGAAAGCCUAAUGCAUAUGAACAUAUAGUGAGGGGGUUCGUCGAUAAUGUCAGAUAUAUAGUCCGGCAUGCAGCACCAGCCGAAGCAGGGCCCGAGUGCGGGUGCUCACCUGGUGGACCUCAAAUGCGGCGAUAG